AUGGGUCUCAAUCGAGGACCAAUCGGACCCUGGGUCGUGCGAGACAUCUGUCUUACCGCUCAAGCUAUCCUUGCCGGCAUAGUUGUCGAACUAGAAGACUCUGAACUCGCCAGAUGGGCUUUGAGAUUGCGACUUUGGGGGACAGAGCUUUUCGGAGCGGACAGUGUCGAGCAAGAUGAGGUUGUCGAAACCAUUCCCGCAAGCACAACUCACCGUCCUAUUCCUAGUCUGGUGGAGAUGCUGUCUGACCUUCUACCCGCCCUGAGGGCUGCUAAUCGAGCGCGCUGUGUCGGCCAAGGUGAUGGAUCACUCUCGUAUAAUGAGCAAUAUUUCGCCAAUGCAAAUGGACAGCUCAACGAUGCAGAUGAGAUACUGAAAAAGGUUGACGAGGCUGCCAAGGAGAAGGAGGGGCCUACCUACACUCUGAGGCUCCAACAGGAAAGAGAGUGCCUGGAACGCGUCCACCUGGACUGCAAGAGCGGAAGGGAUAUUGAUGGAGAAGUCUUGAAGGAGAUACCAUGGGAACAGAUCGAGCUUGACGUGAACCUUUCUUUGUUCCUUGCCAGGAGCAACGACGCCGCACUUCGCCUCAAGAGACCGAAAUUCAAGAACAAAGUCCGAAGGGAGGAUCAUCAGGACAGAGAGCGCGCUGAGAUUCUCAUCUCCAUCCUGCGCGACACAGACAGAGGUUUGAAGGACCUCUUGCACGGAAAUGGUCAGAUAGUGAAAGGCUCCGAGUCACCACCCAGGCAUAUCUUGCGUUAUUUAUUGAUACCUCGAGGUUUCCGGGCUAGUAAUCUCAGAUCGCUUGCGUCCUCACCUGCAGAGGAUGAUGAGGAUUCAACUGGUGCGGGAGAAAAAGGAGACAUUGGGAUAGCGAAGGCCAUCGUCGAGUCUUCAGACCUCUUCCAUCUGGCGUUCCGCAUCAUAUAUUGGUAG